UAUUAAAUCUUAAUUGCGUAUUUUAUAUCGUGACAUUACCGGGAUAAUAAUGAUACAUCGUAGACCAUCCUACUAAAUUCUUCCUUUGAUCCCUGAAUAUAAAAAAGAAAUAAGCGCCUAAUCAAGUUUCUGGAGUCUCUAACGUUAAUCAUAAGUAUGUAAUUAUUCAGAAUAAAUUUCCGUUUGAUUUACCUACAUAAGGAUUCCUACUUUCGCGUACUUGGACUCAUUUCUAAAUAGGACAACAGAUUGCAACACUCACUCGUAAUUAAGUACAUCGGUUAAUUGUUUUACUUUCUUGAAAACUUUAUCAUAUAGCGUUCAGCAUCGGCGCUGAGCACAUCACUUAGGAUUAAGUACUGAUAGAUUUUUUUCAUUUAUCAUGGAGAAAAGCAAAGUGGAUCCUCGACCGUCCUUAAGUGAAAUAUUUAGAACAUUUGAAAAAAGUCUAGGGUUCAAAAACGACAUAAAAUGGGUCAAUUUUAUAUUAAUCACUCUCUACCACAUAAUUGGAAUGUAUUGGAGCUACUAUUACGCCUUUCCUGUGAAGUGGCAGACGUUGGUUUUUGCUGCAAUAAUGUACGUGGCAAGUGGUUUCGGAGUAACCGGAGGAGCGCACCGUCUGUGGACACACAAAGCUUACAAAGUCAAACUUCCAUUGAAACUUUUCCUUCUCAUGUGCUUUUCCAGCGCUGGACAGAAUUCCCUCCUUCAAUGGGUCCGCGACCACAGAGUACAUCACAAAUUCAGUGACACAGAAGCUGACCCUCACAAUGCUAACCGAGGACUGUUCUUCUCACACAUUGGCUGGUUGAUGAUGAAGAAGAAUGAAGAAGUUCUCCGCCGAGGCAAACAAAUUGACAUGAGUGACAUUGAAAAUGAUCCCAUACUAAAAGUAUACAACAGGUAUUUCGGGUUCUUCAAACUUCUCUUCUGUUAUGUUCUGCCAACGAUGAUCGGUAUAUGGCUUUGGGGAGAAGAGUGGAAAUGCGCAGUCGCAUGGCAGUGCUUCAUUCGAUACCUCACCGUCUUUCACAGUGAGCUGACUGUCAACAGCCUCGCACACACCUUCGGAUAUAAACCUUAUAACAAGACCAUAAUGCCCGCUGAGAACCGUUUCGUAUCGACAUGUAGUCUUGGCGAGGGGUGGCACAACUACCACCAUGCUUUCCCCUUCGACUACAAGGCAGCUGAGCACUUUGAUAUCUUCAACUUUGGUGCUAGAUUCAUCCGAUUCUUCGGCAAGAUGGGCUGGGCUUAUGACUUAAGAGAAGCCACACCUGAAAUGAUAAACGGUAUUGCCGAGCGAAUGGGCGAUGGAACCCCAGUACACUUUCCAUUGAAAUCAGAUUCCCACGAAAAUAGGGCUUGUGGAUGAAGAGAUAUUUAACCGAGAUAUUUAUAACUAAACUUAGCUUCUAAAGUAGUGUUUACAAUGUAUAGAUUCUAGAGUAUUAAAUCAUAAA